UCAAUUUUUUAUUUUUCAUGAGGUUGACUAUCCAUCCAUCUCUUUUGAAUAUACUUGUGGUGUGACCAAAAUUUUAAUUUUUAACAAAAAGGAAAUCAUCGCCUUCCUCUGUAUAUGAUUUUCUGUUAGUUUAGUGCAAUCCAAUAUUUGGGUACCUACAAGAAAAUGGAGGAUGAUUAAGAAGGAUUUUCGAGGCUAUCUUUGAGUUGAAUCCCUACAAGACUCUUUUUCGGCGCAGAAAAAAAAAAGGAAGCAUUGAGAUAUACAGGGUGUAGAAGGAUUAUAAAGAAGAGAAGUUUGUUAUGAAAAUGGGGGACAAGCAACCAACGAAGCUAGAUGAGGAGCAAAUGGCUGAACUACGAGAAAUAUUUUCUUCUUUCGAUCGGAACAACGAUGGUAGCUUAACACAGCUGGAACUGGGGUCGCUGUUGCGGUCCUUGGGGCUAAAACCGAGCCUUGACCAGGUGGAAGCCCUUAUACAAAAGGCUGAUUCCAAUAACAAUGGGCUGAUCGAAUUCUCGGAGUUUGUGGCUAUGUUGGCUCCGGAGCUGCAGCCGGAGAAGUCACCCUACAGCGAGGAACAAUUGAAGCAGCUGUUUAAGAUGUUUGACAGGGAUGGUAAUGGUUUUAUCACUGCUGCCGAGUUAGCACAGACAAUGGCCAAACUUGGACAUGCAUUGACUGUAGAGGAGUUGACGGGGAUGAUCAAAGAAGCCGAUGCGGAUGGUGAUGGGAGGAUCAGUUUCGACGAGUUCUCUCAGGCCAUUACUUCCGCUGCUUUUCAUAAUAAUUCUUGGGCUUGAUUUCAACUCUCAUUCUAUUUAUCCACUUUAUUUGUGUUUUGAUUUUUUUGGUUUGUAAUUUUCUGUUAAACAGUGGAUCAAUUUUCUAUCA